UCCACUGAUAUACCGCGCUUCAUUAACAUCCUAUUCGAUAUCGCUCAGUAUACCAUAACGCAAAACGCUCCAUCCCAUCACCUCGAUCUUUGGUAAUGGGAACCAUUCCCACAUACUCAUCCGACAAGAAAAUCAACCUUCUUAUCUCUCCGAAAAAACAAACACCUGUGGUACGAAACAAUUCGAAAUUCUCACAUUAAUAAAAAGCGUAACGAUGACGAUCCGAAACCGCUGCUCAUAUCACUCCACUGAUAAUAGCUGACGGAGUGAAGUUCAUCGCUGAUAACACAUACAUAAACCAUACAUUUGAGCUCCAGGCGCCACUACCGAAAAGUGAGCCAACGCACUCAUAGCACAGCCGAAAUGGAGUCGUGUAUGUGCGCCAUAGGCGCCGUUUGUACCGCCAUAGUGGCCUUAAGGCUGUUCCGCGCCGCCUUCGACCUCUUCUACGACACCCUGAUAGCCCCAGCAUUGAACCUGGAGAAGAUCGACUGGAAGUCCCUAGGUAGAUGGGCUGUGGUAACCGGAAGCACCGACGGUAUCGGCAAAGCCUACGCUGAAGCCUUGGCAGCUCGCGGGUUCAACGUGGCGCUCGUCAGCAGGACCCAGAGCAAGCUGGACGCCGUCGCCGACGAGAUCAAGUCCAAACACAACGUAGAGACCAAGACGAUAGCCGCCGACUUCACCAAACCCGACAUCUACGACGGCCUGGCCAAGCAGCUGGAGGACCUGGAGGUCGGGGUGUUGGUCAACAACGUGGGUAUGAGCUACGACCACCCUGAGUACUACCUCCAAAUCCCCGACCACGCCAACUUCGUAUCCAACCUCAUCAACUGCAACGUGCUCUCGGUGAUGAAGAUGUGCAAGAUCGUAAUGCCUGGUAUGGUAAAAAGGAAGAAGGGAGUUGUGAUCAACCUGGCUUCCACAGCCGCCUUGGUACCCAGCCCUCUGUUAGCGGUGUACUCCUCCACCAAGGCAGCAGUGACCAAGUUCACCUCAGACCUCGCCAGCGAGUACCGUGACGACGGCUUGGUGGUCCAGUGCGUGUGUCCAGGCUAUGUAGCCACCAAAUUGAGCAAGAUCAAGAAGUCGACGUGGAUGGCGCCCUCUCCUAAGAGGUUCGUGGACAGCGCCCUCGCCACCGUGGGCUUGAGCGACGUGACCACGGGCUACCUGCCGCAUAACCUGUUGAACGCCGUCGUCAACGGGUUGGACUGGUGCUCGAAGAAGCUGUCCAGGUGGGUGGUGCUCAGUGAGAUGCAGGGCGUCAGGAAGAGGGCGCUGAAGAAGGCCGCCGGCAAGUCCAACUGAGGUGCGAUCGUUUUUUUUGAUCGAUUUUUCCUAUUUAUAGUUGAUGUUUUGUUUAAUAAAUUUUUAUGUUUGUUAAA